CUUCGGUAGGCCUAUAUGCAAAGUAGGAGAAUGUAAUUUAUUCUUCUCGUCUCGAUGUUACAUUUUAUAAUUCAGCACACUCGCUGUGGAUGGAUCCUGGACCAUUUCACACAAUACCUCUGUAGUGGCUGUUAUCUUUGCAGGGGUUUGGAGAGAGCCGAGGCGUCGAUUUAUGGAUGAGUAAACGUGUGACUCACAUCGUGGGCGGUCAGGUACAGGCGGGCUCUCUUCGUCGGCGGAGGAGUAAAGAGAUGGUAGGUCUGUGCAACCAUUCCCGUUUGGCUUCCAAAAUCGUGAGCAUCGCUGCAAGUUAUUAAACCUACCAGGCGAGGGGCCGAGGGAGGAGUCGCAGAUGUCUGACCACGCCGAUAAGGAGAGGCACACCAGCAGAGCGCCGUUCGCAGAUCAAGAAAGAGAACGGGCUCGUACGCGAUAUAGGGACGAGGUUUGGACAAUACCGAGUAUCCUCCGCUGAAGCCAGUGGACUCGGACUCUGGGCCAACGAAAUCUACUUGAAAAAAACUGUUUUGACUGUGGUUCAAUUUUCAUAGACGACCCCUUUUGAUUCUCUUCUGCUUUCUGAAGAUUUGGGAUAUUCCAUUCCUCUCAAUUGCUAACCCGAACUUGGAUUUCUUUUUACUGGUGGUUCUCUUCUUCAAAAUCAUCAUGUGGUUUCCGUUCCUCCGUUUUUUUCCUCCUCCCUGUGGUGCACUGACCGACCCCUCCCCAUACUCUGCCCUUGUGGGAUGUUCCACAUACAGAGGGACAGGAGUGUUUUUCUGUUCCCCUCAGCACCCCUCAGCAGCAGGUAGCACCCCUCAGCAGCAGGUAGCACUGCGGCGGCACCAUGGGCGACUCCGUCUUCAACUGCUGUUAUGUUCCAAACCCUCCCCCAGGUCAAGAGGAGCCCACGCGCCUCCGACACACCGCGGAUAACAUGGCAGCCUCCAACCUGCCCCAGAUCUCCUCCGAUAAGCGCUUCCUAAUCUUCUUUGACUUCGACGAGACCAUCGUGGACGAGACCAGCGAUGACAUGGUGGUGCAGGCAGCGCCCAAUCAGGUGCUCCCUGACUGGCUGAAGGACACCUAUCAGCCGGGCCACUACAACCAGUACAUGCAGCGCGUGCUGGCCUACCUGGCAGAGCAGGGCGUGACGGAGAGCCAGAUCCGGGCGGUGAUGGAGAAGCUUCCCGCCACACCGGGCAUGCUCACCCUGCUCCAGUUCUUGCGCACGCGCCCCCCGCAGGACUUUGAGGUGGUGCUGCUGUCCGACGCCAACACCUUUUUCGUGGAGGCGUGGCUCCGGCGCACGGGGGCCCGGCCACUCUUCCACCGGAUCUUCACCAACCCCGCGAACUUCAACAAGGACGGCCGGCUGGUCAUGCGGCCCUUCCACUCCCACGACUGCCAGCGCUGCCCCGAGAACAUGUGCAAGCAGGCCGUGCUCCGGGAGUACGUGACCCGCCGGGCCAAGGAGCGCGGGCGUCCCUACGAGAGAGUGUUCUACGUGGGGGACGGCGCCAACGACUUCUGCCCGGCGACGGUCCUCGGGCCCAGGGACGUGGCGUUCCCACGGCGGGAUUUCCCCAUGCACCGGUUGAUCACGGAGAUGCACGAGGCCAUGCCCGGGGAGUUCAGGGCGGUCACGGUGCCCUGGGCCGGGGCGGAGGAGGUGGUGCAGCGGCUGAGGAAGAUCAUGGCGGAAUAGAGGAGGAAGGGGAGGGGGAAGGCAUUGCACAAACACAUAAUAGGAUGUGUAUUUUUUUAAGGGGUUAAUGUACAACGCAGACCACACGCACACUCAGAAAACACACACAGAACACAAACGCAUACGGCACACCCACACAGUAGACACACUCACAGAACACACACACACACACACACACAC